AUGAUUAUCAACACCAACACCAUGAAUGGUAACAUGAAUCUGUGCCAACUCUCACUUGCUACACUAUAUCUCUGCUUGCUCAUCACAAUCACCGUCGUAACUAGUAAUCCGACUUACUUCACAGUCGGCAUCUCCAUCAAUUGUGGCUCAUCUAAAACUUCUGCAGCACGCAGCGGAAAGGAAUGGCAAGGAGAUAUACAACCAAGAUUCUCUGCCUCGCUGCAGUUAAAGGGCUCAUCAAUGAUUUCCACUGUCAUCCAUAAGUUGACCUCUGCAGAUCCUGUUCCCCACAAGACAGCCCGGCUCUCGCGUUCCCAGUUCUCCUACCUGUUUCAAGUCAACCCAGGACAGAAAAUUAUCCGCCUUCACUUCAAUUCCGCUACAUAUAGAGGCUUUGAAGGGAUAGUCGACUUAUUCUCCGUUGAAGCCGGUCCCUUUACCUUGCUGAGUGACUUUAGCGCUUCGCUCACUGCUGAUGCUCUUGGAUUGGAUACCUUUGUGAAGGAGUUUUCUGUAAACAUACAAGAAAACCAACACCUCAUCAUAAGCUUCUCUCCCAAAAGUAGUCAAACAUUAGAUACGUACGCCUUCAUAAAUGGCAUCGAGAUUAUAGGUGGCUAUGGGGUCCUGGCUAGUUCAAAUCCCCUGCCUCCUGCUCAGGUUUCACCAUCCCAGAUAAUCCGAGCUUUCCUUGCAUCUCUUGUUCGUAGAAAUGCAACUGCAGCUAUAGUAAUAACAAUAGUAUCUUUAUUAAGUAUCAUUGUUCACAAGCUUAGAGAAAUCUGGGAAGAUAGCAGCACUGAGGAAGAAAACAAACCAUCACCCAAGGCUGCACGAUUCUGCCGUCGUUUUUCUCUAGCUGAGAUCCAACAGGCAACCAGAUAUUUCUGCAAGGAGCGUUUAAUUGGAAGGGGUGGGUUUGGUAAUGUCUACAGAGGCCUCAUUGAUGAAGGCCAAACGACUGUCGCUAUUAAGAAGUUAAAUCCAAACUCUAUGCAGGGGGCACGUGAGUUUUUGACAGAAAUUGAAACACUUUCUGAGUUGCGACAUGUUAAUCUAGUUUCUCUGAUAGGCUACUGCAAUGAGCAUGGGGAAAUGAUUCUCGUUUAUGAUUAUAUGGCUGGUGGGACACUGGGGAAUCACAUCUACAAACCUUCAAGGAAAAGACGCCACAUUUCUUCUCUCACGUGGAAACAACGCCUUAAUAUCUGCAUUGGGGCCGGUCGGGGGUUAGACUAUCUCCACACGGGCCAUGGAGUGAUACAUCGCGAUGUAAAAGCUUCAAACAUCCUUCUGGAUGAAGACUUGGUAGCUAAAGUUUCUGAUUUUGGUCUGGCAAAACCUGAGGAUGGAAGAAAGUUACAAACUCAUGUUAGCACAAAUGUUAAAGGCACGAGGGGUUAUUUAGACCCACAUUAUUUCCACACUCGUAAACUAACAAGGAAAAGUGACACGUACGCGUUUGGGGUAGUGUUGUUUGAAGUAUUGUGUGGGAGACCAGCAGUGGAUUUAGGGGUAACAGAGGACGAGCAGAUUUUGAGCAUGUGGGCUCAAGAUAAGAACAGCAAGGGAGAAGUUGAUCAGAUUGUAGAUUUGAACUUGAGGGAUGAGAUUUCUCCAGAUAGCCUCAAGAUAUUUGUGGAGCUUGCUGAAAGGUGCUUAGAGGACGAACCGAACAACCGGCCAACGAUGUCCCAAGUUGUGCAGCAGCUUGAGCUUGCACUUGAGCAACAGGAAAGCAAACGAAUUUUGGCUUCGAAUGAGACAUCAAGUUCAUAUGAAGAAACUGGACAAUCAGCUGACUCAGGGCAGUCAUCAGUGUCCAAUAUAGAACUGCAAAUUCUCACAUGCACCCCGAAAGGGCAAACUAGCCACCAGGUGGCUGAUACUAAGGUAUCAAGAUUUUGGUCGCGGAAUAGAAGUAAUUCAUCCAGGGAAACUGAACUAUUACUAUCAGAAAUCAGAGAAGCAAAUCUAAAAGUGACAGUAUUUGAUUGGCAUACACUUUCAGUUGCUACUAAUCGUUUCUCCUCCUCAAAUGAAGUUGGAAAGGGUGGAUUUGGUCAUGUUUACAAGGGUGUGCUACCUACAGGACAAGUAGUUGCCGUGAAAAGGCAUUCGACAUCUCCUGCGCAAUCACUCAAGGAGUUCAAAAAUGAAAUUCUUUUGCUUCCCAAUCUUCACCAUCAAAACGUUAUCAAACUACUUGGCUACUGCAUUCAUGGCAGAGAGUCACUCCUUGUAUAUGAGUUCAUGGAAAACAUAAGUCUAGAUACAUUUAUAGGUGACAAGAAACGGCAACACUUUCCAUGGCCAGUACGGUUCAACAUCAUAAAGGGGAUAGCUCGAGGACUUGUUUAUCUACAUCAAGGUUCUAGAUUCAGAGUCAUUCACGGAGAUCCCAAAUCAAGCAACAUUUUACUGGACCAUGAGAUGGUUCCUAAAAUUUCAGACUUUGGCUUUUCUAUGAAAUUGUUAGAACAUGACUCCGAACUAGAAACAGGAAUAGCUGCAGGUACCAAAUUCUAUAUAUCUCCAGAGCGUUUAAAACACGGCAAAGUUUCAGUUAAAUCAGAUGUUUACAGCUUCGGAGUUGUGAUACUGGAGAUUGUGAGUGGGCACACAGCAUGGAGAUCUUAUACGCUAAGCAAGAUGAACAUUCAUGACUAUGCACGGAAACUGCGAAGUGAUGGGAAAGUGCUAGACCUGGUAGAUGGCUCACUUGGUGGGGAAUUUCCAGCCGAUGAAGCACUGAGGUGCAUUCGAGUUGGUUUGCGGUGCACCUUAGAGCAUCCACACGACCGACCAAGCAUGCGUAGUGUGCUCAAAAUGUUGGAGAAAGAGGCCCUCUGAUGCAGCAACAAGAGCCAUGGCAGAGGACUUGUUAAGAAUAACUUCAAAAUUUCUCUUGGUAAAUAUGCAGGUGAGCUGUUGAUGAGAAAUUGCUCCUCCAAAAUUGAUGCUUAAUCCCUCAGACUCUGUCAUUAACUGCAU